AUCAACCAUUUGAAUGCCUACAGAACAGAGCAUCGAGUCGUUCUCAGAUCUGAAUCGAUAGGUGAUUAGGUGGAGGGACUGGGCGUAAUAUACACUCAAAAUGCUCAAUUGCCUCGUUUUAAAAGAGAUUCGCAGUGUAAGUGGAGUUGGCAAUUGAAAUCAAUUUGGAGUAAUGGAAGGACUUCGAUCACGGAAAACCCGAUAAGCUCCAGCCUACACAGAUCAUAACCCUCCUCCAAUGGAUGUUUGUUCAAUCCAACUGAGUCGAUAGAGUUGGAAAAAUCAUCUGCGAAUCCUCUUUUUCAAACCCAACCUUCUCCUCCGAUAAAACCCGUACGAUCUUCGAUAAACCCUGCCAGACUUUUGGUUCGUUCACCUUCCUUUCAACGAUACUAUGAGAAUCACAGAGAUACCAGAGAGAGUGAUUGGGUUUGAAGCUGAAUGGCCCUAAGUUGGGUCUUUCAAUCUUCAUCUGCUGUUUUCCCCUGUGUUUGUCAUUCUUAGUGGAUUAUCAUGACGGGCGAGGACUCUGAUUCGAAAGGGUGGAGCCGAGCCAGGGGUUUGGUUGUCAAAACGCUAGUAUUGCUUGGAGGUGCACUUCUGCUUAAGAGACUAACCAAGUCCACCACUAAUUGGGAUCAUGCCCGAAUUGUCGCCGAUUCCCUCAGUGGUGAGAAGUUCUCUCGGGACCAAGCUUCUAGGGAUCCGGAUAAUUACUUCAAUUUGAGAAUGCUUACUUGCCCGGCAGCAGACAUGGACGGUUCAAAGGUCUUAUAUAUGGAACAAGCAUUCUCGAGAACUCCUCAGAAGCCCUUUCGGCAGAGAUUUUAUACGGUGAAGCCUUGUCCAAAAGAGAUGAAAUGUGAUGUUGAGCUUAGCUCAUAUGCCAUAAGAGAUGCGGAGGAGUACAAAAACUUCUGUGAUCGGCCAAAGGACCAGCGCCCACUGCCUGAAGAAGUUAUUGGGGACAUCGCUGAACAUUUGACAACUGUUUAUCUCAAGCGCUGUGAACGUGGAAAGCGCUGUUUAUAUGAGGGUUCAACCCCGCCAGGUGGCUUCCCAAAUUCAUGGAGUGGUGCGACGUACUGCACAUCUGAGCUUUCAGUUCUGAAGAACGGCGAGAUACACCCUUUGGACAGGGGUUAUGAUGAUGAUGGAAAUCAAGUUUGGGGAGUGAAGGGAGGCCCAUACGAGUUCAAACCUGCAACUUCCUUGAGUUCCAACGACAUGUAUGCUUUGAAUUUCUCUUCCCCAGCUUCCAUGGAGCCAAGGAUAGAGGGUUCAUUUGUCCCACAAGAUCAAGAAUGAUUACUUGUAGAUGCUACAUUUGCCAUGUAAAUUUGAAGUACUUUUUUAGAUAGAUUAUUUAUCUAUAAAGCAGAAUCUUUUCCUCUCUGGCAAA